AUGCUAGCCAAAUGGGGGUCGACAUGGCUUACUGCAGUGACAACCUCCACAAAUCCUCUGCACAGGGCCACUGACAUUGCUCUGAGCUCUGCAGUCGACCUUUCCUGGAUUCAAAACCUCGCCUCGAUUGGCGACUCGUACGCUGCAGGCCUAGGCAGUGGGAAAAGAGUGGACUUUGCAUGCUCUCGAUAUAACGCGGCAUACCCUAGCAUCGUGCACGAGUCUCUCCAUGCGAGGAAUACGGAUUCGACGCAUCAGUUCCUGGCCUGUUCAGGCGCAGAUACCGCUGAGAUCUUGGCUAAGCAGGUGCCAGCGCUCCAUACCAACCUUGAUCUUAUAACUAUAUCUGCAGGCGGCAAUGAUAUUGGUCUCACACCUAUACUGAGCAACUGUGUCUACCAAUUCUACAUGGCUGGGGAGGAUGCGUGCCAGAAGUCUGUAGGAGAGGCCCAAGAGAAGAUUGGCAACGACACGCAGCUCUAUCAGAACGUCACAAGGUUAAUUGAAGCGACGAAGCCAUAUCUGAACUCAACACACGGUCUCAUACACGUCACAGGCUACGCGCGCUUCUUCGGCACCGGAGACGACUCCUGCGAUAAUGUGACGUGGGCCGUAUGGCGCAACGUCGAACGUCACAAGCAAUAUCUCAAGCUCGAGAUGCGCCAGGCGCUCAACAACAUGGUACUAUCCGUCAACGCCGUCCUGCGCAGGGCCACCGAAGCCGCAGGCCCCAACGUCCACUUUAUCGACUACGACGCCCGCAUUGCAGCGCUGCAAGGCCGCUACUGCGAGCUCGGCGUCCACGAACCAGAUCCGAAUCGUCGGGCUCUCGUCUUGUACGAGUGGGACACGGUCGACCGGGGUGAGAACAAAACGGGCUUGCAGAACAGCACAGGGGAUGCUGUACCGCGGGGUUCGUUCGAGGGUGGCAUUGCCGAGCAGAUCAAUAAGACGCUUCAUGAACACCCGGAGUGGCGGUUCGAUGCUGAUAAAGGCUUUGUCGAUGGGAAUGGCACUUUGGUGGAUGGAGAAGGUAUUAUUGAGGACACUAUUCACUGGCUGAUACCGGAUUCCCAUAAACGCGUAUUUCAUAUGCGUCCAGAGGGGCAUGCAGUUGUUGCGAGUUUGAUACUUGAGGAUCUGAGGGCGUAUACGAUGAGCAGAGUGCAGUUGGCGGAGAUGGAUGAAUUGUAA